AAUAACAUUUAAAUCAAAGCACUUAAUUUGAGAGGAUUUCUAUGCUAUUUCUUUGGAUUUUCAACAACCAUGAUGCACGAAUAACUAGAUACGAUACAUGUGAUGAAGCAUUUAUGAUUCAUGAUGCCGAGUGUAUGUACGUUAGGAUUUGUGAUCUUUCUCUGAAAGAGAUUUACAUUGCGCAAUAAAUAAUUGAAAAUAAACCGAAAUGAAAAAACCUCCUUUACAGAUGGUUUAAUAUACGAAAUUCGAUUGAUAUAAAAACGAAACUAGUUGAAAUCUGUCAACGAAAGCUUUAUUUAACAUUGCAUUAACUUUUAAAAACGAAUUUAAAAAAGAAUGGCAGUGAUAACUCUAGUCCUUUUGUGACUGAAAGUUUUUAGUACGGUUUAAUAUGAUCACGUUACGAGGAAAACUCAGAAGAGACAAUGAUUUAGCAAAUUCAAAGAACAGAGACUAUAACAAACGAGCUUCAGUACGAGAUAGGUUGCUGAUCAAAGAGGUUCAGGAAAUGCAACAAACGCUGCCAGGAACUUGUCAAGUUAAAUUCAAAGAUCCAAGUCUUCUUCAUGAAUUUACGCUAUUAAUUAUACCAGAUGAGGGUUACUGGAUUGGUGGUCGCUUCUCUUUUGAGAUUUACAUAAAUGAAGAGUACAACAUGACGCCACCAGUAGUGAAAUGCGUAACGAAAUUAUGGCAUCCUAACAUAAGUGAAGAUGGUGAUGUAUGUCUAUCUAUUUUAAGACAAAGUAGUAUUGAUGGAAUGGGAUGGGCACCAACACGCAAAUUGAAGGAUGUUGUAUGGGGUUUAAAUUCUCUUUUUACUGAUCUUCUAAAUUUUGACGAUCCUUUGAAUAGAGAUGCAGCAGAUUUGUAUAUUAAGGAUAAAGAAUCCUUUCGAAGUAAAGUUAAAGAUUAUAUAAUGCAAUAUGCAAAAAGAUGAUUUACGUUGUAACAUUUUAAAUAACAAGUAAUUGUUUACACUUUUCAAAUUGGUUUCGUGCCUUCUUUUAGUGUAUGAGUACAGAAUUUGCUCAAAUGUGCUUUAGGUUGAUUACGGUUUGACUCAAUUUAAUCUUGCUAGUCUUUUUACCUGAACAAAUUGUCAUUUUCAGUUCUACAUAAUUAAAUUCUUGGUUGUGACGAAAUUAAUAUACAUUAAUAAUUAUGACUUCUUCUAUCAUGUAUGAAGAAAAUGUAAAUGUAUGAAAAUUAAAAUUGCAUCACGUGUACAAUAAUGUUUUUUCUCUUUACGAGACUGUAAUGCCAACGAGCAAUUUGUAAAUAAAAUAUGUGUGUUUAAUAAUA